AUGGUGCGAGGCGCUCUUGAGGCUACGUUCCUCAUGUCCAUUGGUUUUGUGUUCCUACUUCUUUUCGUGAUUGCUGUUAUAUGGCGUCAGAGUUCUCUUCGAGCAACACCUUUUCUCGUGGCUGUUACAUUGUUGACUCCAUUUUUGGCAACAGUAUCAGCAUUCGGCUUACUAUCUUGGUUACGAUACCCAAUCUAUUCGAUGCAGUGCGUUACGCCUUUUCUGGUUUUGGGAAUCGUGGCUGUUACAUUGUUGACUCCAUUUUUGGCAACUGUAUCAGCAUUCGGCUUACUGUCUUGGUUACGAUACCCAAUCUAUUCGAUGCAGUGCGUUACGCCUUUUCUGGUAUUGGGAAUCGGAGUCGACGACGCAUUUAUACUCAUACACCGUUGGAAGCAUCGUUCAGACGUUUCAGAUCAUGCAGCGAGAUUGACUAAAGUCAUUGUUGAUGUUGGUCCUUCGAUCACCAUCACAUCACUUACGAAUAUCAUCGCAUUUGGAAUCGGGUCUUUUACGCCGACACCACAGAUGUCAUUGUUCUGCUUAGCCACCUCUGUCGCCUUACUCAUCGAUUACAUCGUCACCUACACCAUUCUAGCACCAGUUGUCUAUCUUUGCAGCGAUAAGAAGGAAUAUCAACCAGCGCUGCCUACAAAACCUACUGGAAGCGAUUACCUAAGCAAG